AUGCCCGUACCCACCACUACCAUUAGAAAAACAUCAAGAAUACAGAAAUAUUAUGAGGAACUUGCAAAAGUGGAUAUUAAUAAUAAUAAUGCUCAAGAUGAAGAUUUAAAUUUUAAGGUUCGAAAAUCAAAAAAAUCACGGGAUGAGCAGACCAAAACUAGCAAGUCACAUCGAAGAAGCGAUUCAACAAAACCACACAAGAGAAAAUCGAGGAGAAAAUCCUCACGGAACGGUGAACUUUUUUGGCUACCGAACAAAUAUAUCAACAUUUUUAUCAUUAUUUUCAUUAUAACAAUUACAAUUUUGAAUUAUAAAAAAGAAUUAUCAAAGGAAAAUUUUCAACUUUAUCAGAAUGAAUUCGUGGAUACUGAUUCAUAUAUUACUUUGGAACAAAAUAUUGUAAAUAAUCAUGGGGAGUUCCUAAAACAUUAUCAAAUGGUGCAUCAAUCAUAUUUAUCAAUUUAUUCAAAAAGUCUCAAAUCUUUUUCAAACAUGGAACACAACAUUAAAAAGAUACUCGAAAAUAAUUAUUACCUCACAAAACCAAUUAUUAUGAAAUCGAACAAUGUAACAUCCACACCUUAUCAGAGCAUAUUUUAUAAAUUACGACAAUUUUGUCAAACAUUAUUCGUCAGGAAACGAUAUAACAAGGAAAAAUUUAAUGGGUUGGAUGAUUUUAUUAUAAUUAAUUCCCUGGAAAUUUUAAUUGAUGAUUUGGUGGACUUACAUAAUGAGAUUGAUGAAGCAUUACAGAAUACAUUAUUACUCAAAAAAUAUAAUGAUUAUAUAUUUUAUGAGGUUAAUCUCAUAAAAUAUGACCUUGAAAAUUUAAUAGGUUAUCAUGAACAACCCUUUGGAAAUUUGUUAUACAUGGUCAGAUAUUUUAAAGCAUUUGAUAAGAAUAAGGAGGCAUUGGAGAGUGAUUUAAAAAAAUACGUUUUAUCAAAAGAAAUAUUAUUGGAUUUGAAUUCACAGCUGGACAAUUUCACGAAAAAUUUUACAGCUGCAAAAGAAUACUAUCAAUCAUAUCAAGGAUAUUUAAAAGGGCUAUGGGAUGAUAUGAAAGUUAUUGAAAAGAAGGAAUUAAAUGAAUGGGAAGUGAAAAGAUUUAAGAAGGUCUUGAAUGGGGUUAGAGCAAAUCAUCAAACAUGUUUAUUUCAAUUAUCAUCAUUUGAUAAAAGUUAA